AUGGAAUACUCAAAAUUGCCUGUCUUCCUAUUAAAAUUGAAAUCUAUGAUUAAUGUAAUCAGCACAUUAUCAGUUGGAAUGAUUAAGGAAAUAAAGUCGUCAUCCAUUAGAUUGAUGAGUUUAGGGCUUCAAUUUUGCCAAUCUACUUUAAGAGUACCAACUAUUCCAGUUUCUAAAAGUAACAUUAUUAUGUUGAUUUACAGAUAAUUAAAUAAUUAUGGAUUCAAGAAUUUCAGAUAGUCUGCAAGACAAUGCGAAUUUUAUAAUGAGAAUUGGACUCAUGAUUACAGAAAAAUUCAUUAAAUAAUGAGGAAGAGACAUAUCCAAGAAGAUGUCAAUUCAACAUCAACAUUUAUGUCAUCUCUGUUGCUGUUAAUAUCAAAUUAGAAAUAAUUGAUGGCAAAUAUAGAAUUGAUACAUCAGUAAUAAUCUAUGAUAAGUUAAAACAUAUAUAAUCUCCACACAGAGUCAAUGAAAUAAUAAGAACUAAUUAUUAACUUGGCUGAUUAGAUUUGA